AUCCUGUUUCCAUUCCGGUCCCGGUCUCGGGUUCGCUGAGCUUCCGUACGCAAGAACGUCCAAAAUUGCACAAUUUCUAGGGUUAGCUUUCCCUUCACAAUUUUCAUUUGCUUCUCCGAUUCCUCUCGCAAUCACUGCCAUAUCCUUCAAUCAAUUCGCACUUUCCAGGGGUUCAGACCGGCGGUACAUUCCCGAUUAGUUCACAGGCUAGAUCGCUGGUUCGGAUUCCCCCUUGUUAUUGAAAUCCGACGCCUUGUAUUUACUUCAUUCUGUGACCUUAUUGCGUUUCUGUUGGGUAUUUUUCUAAGUCAGUGUUGAUUGCAAAUUUGAGGCUCUGGCGGUUGAUUAUGGAGGUUGGAAUUAUAUUGCUGGUUGCCGAAGGAAAUUCAAUGUGGGUCAAUGGGGCGCUGGAUUGUGAAAUAACUUAUUGAUUUUCAUUAUCUGGUCGAGAGUUGUUUAGAAAAUUUGCUUCCGAAAAAAUAGUUGGUUGGAGAGUGUAUUAGUUAUUCGCGAGUGAAAGUUUUCUUUGAGCAUGGAUUAUGGGAGGGAAACCGGUGAAGCAUCAGACACAGCGCUAAUCCCGACGCGAUUUGUGUGGCCUUAUGGGGGAAGAAGCGUUUCUCUCUGUGGUUCAUUUACAGGGUGGUCCGGACAUUAUCCAAUGACUCCUCUUGAAGGGUGCCCUACCGUAUUUCAGACAAUUUGCAACUUACCACCAGGUCACCACCAGUACAAGUUUAUUGUUGAUGGUGAAUGGAGACAUGAUGAACAACAGCCAUUUGUGAGCGGGAACUAUGGGCCAGUGAAUAUUGUUGUAUUAACUAGGGAAUCUGACUAUGGUCCUGCAAUCCUCACUCCACAAAUCCCCGCUGGUUCUAACAUGGAUGUGGAUAAUGAAGCCUUUCAGCGUUUGGUCAGAGUUUCAGAUGGUAUGUUGCGCGAAGCAUUGCCAAGGGUAUCAGCAGCUGAUUUAGAUGUUUCCCGUCAUCGUAUUGCUGCAUUUCUAUCUGCACAUAGGGCAUAUGAGCUGCUUCCUGAUUCGGGCAAGGUGAUUGUCUUAGAUGUCGAUCUACCUGUAAAGCAAGCUUUUCAUAUUCUGCAUGAACAGGGAAUUCCUAUGGCUCCUCUUUGGGACUCCUGCAAGGGACAGUUUGUUGGAAUUCUUAGUGCCUUGGAUUUUAUCUUGAUUAUAAGAGAGCUGGGCUGUCAUGGUUCCAAUUUGACAGAGGAAGAGCUUGAGACACACACUAUAUCUGCUUGGAAAGAAGCAAAGCAGUACCUGAAUAGACAAAUUGAUGGGAUUGGGGGAGCAUUUCCAAGACAACUUAUCCAAGCUGGGCCAGAUGAGAAUUUGAAAGAUGUUGCUAUGAAGGUUUUGCAGAAUAAUGUGGCUACAGUUCCUAUCAUCCAUUCUUCUUCAGGCAAUGGUUCAUUGCCACAGCUAUUGCAUCUUGCUUCUCUCUCUGGGAUAUUGAAAUGUAUUUGCAGGUACUUCAGACAUUCUUCUGGGACAUUACCAAUGCUCCAAUUUCCAAUCUGUACGCUCCCUUUGGGUACCUGGGUUCCAAGAAUUGGGGAACCAAGUCGACGGCCAUUGGCAAUGUUGAGACCAAGUGCAUCUCUUGGUUCAGCGUUGAGUUUGUUAAUUCAAGCUCAAGUUAGUUCAAUACCAAUUGUCGAUGACAGUGACUCAUUAUUAGAUAUAUAUUCUCGAAGUGACAUAACAGCUUUGGCGAAAGACAAAGUUUAUACUCAUAUUAAUCUUGAACAGAUGACUAUUCACCAGGCAUUGCAGCUGGGACAAGAGCCCUAUUCUCCUUUUGGGUAUGGCAGUCAAAGAUGUCACAUGUGUUUACGGUCAGAUCCACUGCAUAAAGUGAUGGAGCGAUUGUCAAACCCAGGGGUUAGAAGACUUAUUAUCGUGGAGGCGGGCACCAAGCGCGUAGAAGGCAUUAUAACAUUGAAUGACAUCUUUAGGUUCUUGCUCGGUUAGAUGGACAUACAGCUUGAGAGGCUUAGUAAUGGUGGGUUUUCCAUGACCAUGAGUUUUCCCAUGACAGUCAGCUGUACCUUUUAUGAAAAGCUUUCUCCCCCCCCCCCCCUCACUUUUCUGUGAUUUGGAUUCAAAUUCUUCAAAUAUACCAUUUCAUUGGCCUCCCAUAUCACGGCCUGGUCUUUUAGGAUAUUGGGCGAAAGAGAGGCAUGUAAAUUGCAUAGAUUUGGAAUUCUUUCUAGAUGAUUAAUCUUCAUCUGACCGAAUGAUUUAUCGACUAAAUUGUGCUGAUGCUAUUGCUGCCAUUUUUGUGAACAGCAUGGAACUCAAAUUGACAUUUCUGUGCUGUUGUUGGUAGAAAAGAGUGGAAUAAAGAAACCAGGAAGAAUGUUAGCUGCCCAUAA